AUGGUCAUCGCAGUCCAGAGCGAUACUGGUGGCCCGGCCCCUAACCCAGGGUUCACAUGCAAGAAUAUCCAGGGAAAAACAGAGGCCAGUUGCUUUGUUCAACAAGAUGACUCCGGCACUUCCAAAUACUAUGUUGCAUUGGCACCAAACGCUAGUACCGAUGACAAGUAUACCUGUGAGAGUGUGAAGAUCCAAAAAACGGCUGCGCAAGGUACCACCUGUUGCACUCCCGGCACUUCCCCCAAGCCGGCUGACCCAGAAAAAGACCCCCAACCCACUCCGGAGGCUCCGCCUGCUGGAAUGACCGAAGAGCAAUACAAAAGUGCCUGUGGAAAGGCGGAUGAUCCUGCUUCGACUUCCACAACCGAAGCGGACCCUUAA